UUGUCACAUUUCUUUUUUGCUAAGGAUUCACCGCCGUGCCAGGCUUUUUUCUUUCCCAGUUUCGGGUUUUGAUCUUUUGUUUUUGUUUAGAUUAGGAAUAACCAAUAAACUAUUGAAAAAUGAGUGGAGUUUUGGAGAGAAUCGCGGCUAUCGAAGCCGAGAUGGCUAGGACUCAACGAAACAAAGCGACCGCUCAACAUCUUGGUCUGCUCAAAGCUCGUUUGGCCAAGCUAAGGAGAGAAGUCCUGACACCAAAAUCAGGUGGAGGUGGGCCUGGUGAAGGUUUUGAUGUUGCUAAAACGGGAGAUGCCCGUAUUGGAUUUGUUGGUUUUCCGUCAGUGGGUAAAAGUACACUCCUCACCACCUUGGCAGGAGUUUAUUCAGAGGUGGCAGCCUAUGAGUUUACCACACUGACAACAGUCCCUGGCUGCAUUCGUUACAAGGGUGCAAAAAUUCAGUUGCUGGAUUUGCCUGGUAUUAUUGAAGGUGCCAAGGAUGGUAAAGGUCGUGGUAGGCAGGUAAUUGCUGUAGCCCGAACCUGUAGCCUUAUCUUUAUUGUGCUGGACGUCCUGAAGCCUCUGCAGCACAAGAAGAUUAUUCAGCGUGAGCUCGAAGGCUUUGGCAUUCGUCUCAAUAAACAGCCGCCCAAUAUCGGCUUCCGCAGGAAGGAGAAGGGUGGUGUCAAUCUCCAAACUCUCGUACCGCAAAGCGAGCUCGAUUUGGACAUUGUCAAAACUAUUUUGUCCGAGUAUCGAAUCCACAAUGCUGACGUGACUCUUCGUUAUGACGCCACGGCCGAUGAUUUGAUUGACAUUAUCGAGGGAAAUCGAGCUUACAUCCCUUGCAUCUACCUACUCAACAAAAUUGACCAAAUCAGCAUCGAAGAAUUGGAUGUCAUUUACAAAAUUCCGCAUUGUGUACCCAUCUCUGCCCAUCACAAAUGGAAUUUCGACGACCUUCUCGAGAAGAUGUGGCAAUACCUCAAACUUAUGCGAAUUUACACAAAACCAAAAGGACAAUUGCCCGACUACAAUGCCCCAGUCGUUUUGCAAUCUGAUAGGUGCACUAUGGAGGAAUUCUGUAACAAACUGCAUCGCACUAUUCUCAAGGAAUUCAAAUAUGCUUUGGUAUGGGGAUCUUCCGUGAAGCAUCAGCCACAGAAAGUUGGAAAGGAUCACGUUCUUAACGACGAGGAUGUCGUGCAAAUUGUCAAAAAGGUUUAAUUUGACGUUGUUAAGCGACAGACAAAGCAGCUGUCAUCCGGGAACAUACAGGAGAAAUGAAUAAAGUGAAUUGUUUCUCUUCCA